AGUGUUGUCAACGUAAAACGGGGUCGUCUAGUAGAUGGAGAAUUUUCGGUUACCUAUAUUGACGGAGGUGGAACGAUAUAACGGCUAGAAAAUUGUAUGCAAUGAAGAUUUGAAUUUUAUUCCUGGGGAAGUUAACGGAAACAAUUAUCCCAUCUCCCCUCAUCCUUCAAGAAUCCCAGUUCCAUCGUCUCUCUCAAGAGUUUCUCUCCCUCUUUAGCUUUUUAUAGUUCAUUACCCACAACACGGUGACCGAUAGAGAGAGAGAAAAAAGGAGAAGGGAGAAUCACUGGCAAUUCGCAAGCAUUUGCAGAGCAGAGUCAUCGAUUUCUCCAAGAUCUCUCGGAGAAUAGAUUUUAAAGAAAGCAAAGAAAGAAUCUCAAGUGGUUGAUCCAAAUUUUGAAUCUGUUUCAGGAACCCCCACUUUGUCACAGAGAGAGAAAGAGAAGGAAGGAUCAUUGGUAUUUCAGAGUCUUUUCAAGAGCAGAGGUGGGUUUUUGCAAAUUCUUGCAAAGAUGAAUGAUUUGAUGACGAAGUCGUUCUUAAGUUAUGUGGAUUUAAAGAACCAAGCCCAGAAAGAUCUUGAAGCUGAACAUGACCUUGAAGCAGGCAGACUCAAUCCCACAAAUGAUCAGAACCUCUCUCGGUUCUUUCAAGAAGUUGCCCCAAUCAAGGCUUCCAUGGAAGAGAUAACCAGUCUCUUGUUUGAUCUUCAGAAUCUUAAUGAAGAAACAAAGUCCACUCACAGUGCCAAAGUUCUUCGUGGCCUAAGAGAUCGGAUGGAAUCAGACAUAGCUUCUGUUCUCAGAAAAGCCAAGAUUGUUAAGGCAAGUCUAGCAGCCAUUGACAAAGCCAAUGCAACCAACCGCCGUAAAUCAGACUUGUAUAAGGAAGAAAGUCCAGUUGAUCGAACCAGAACAUCGGUCACAAAUGGCUUGAGAGUCAAGCUUAGGGAGAUAAUGAAUGAAUUUCAGUCAUUAAGAAAUAAGAUAUUAGUUGAUCAAAAGGAAGAUCUCAAGAGAAAAUAUUACACUGCCACUGGAGAGAUACCAAGUGAAGAGAUGAUUGAAAGCAUGGUUUCCAGAGGAGGAAGAGUUCAAGUAUUUGAAGGGAAAACAGAGGUGGAUUUGAGAAGUAAAGAGAGACAAGAAGCUGUAAUGGACAUACAGAGAAGCUUGACUAGGCUUCAUCAAGUUUUUCUUGACAUGGCUGUGCUUGUUGAGGCACAAGGGGAGCAAAUAGAUGAUAUUGAAGAGAAUGUGGGAACUGCUAGUAAUUACAUCAGUGGUGGAACCAACAGUCUUUACUAUGCCAAUCAGAUGAGGAAGAAGACCAAGACAUGGGUUUACUGGGUUUGGGCUGUUGCAGUGAUUAUACUGUUGGUUUGUGUUAUUUCCAUGUUGGCCACCUGAGAGACUCAGAGGAGCAGCUGUGAGGGAGAUGGGGUUGGAACUGUAGAGAGGUUUGUGGUCUGUGGAUUCUUCAUGUCUAAUGAGCUUUGGUUUAACCUAGGGGGAAAAAGUCUUUUCACUGCUUCAGUGGUCACUGACUUGUUAGGAUUUUUGACAAAAUGCAUGCUUUGGUGCAUUUUAGUAGUUCUUUCUCUUCUCACUUCUUGUCUACAAUCUGUUUUGAGCGUUGUUAUUCUGCAAAUAUGACUUACAAAAAGCUUGAAUAGAUCUACAUGAUUUCUGU